AUGGAGAUGGGCGAUCAGGAGGUACCGCCCGCCAAACCCGAGCUAGAACUGGACUUCACCGGCUUCCUGCAGGAGACAGUGGGAGCGGCUCUGUCAAGCUACGGAUGGUUCGUCCUAUUUAGUUGCAUCCUUUUGUAUCUUUUGAAGCAGAAAUUUUCAUCCAACAUCAGCUCUCUUCUCACAACUGCACAGACGACAACCGCAGCAGACCCAGAUGAAGUGGUCAGAAGACAGGAAGCUGUGGCUGCAGCCAGGCUAAAGAUGCAACUGGAGUUGGAUGCUCAGGCAGAAAGAUACAAGGAAAAGCAGAGACAGGUGGAGGAAGAGAAGAGGCGUCAGAAGAUUGAGAGCUGGGAGAGUAUGAAGGAAGGGAAGAGUUACAAGGUGGCUUCUCAUGUCAGUCAGCCACAGGAGCCAUCUGCAAGUACCUCUGCAUCUUCUUCCGCCCCGAAGCCGAAACCAGACCGGAGAACUCUCAGAAACAGUGGUUAUAAUCCUCUGACUGGCGAUGGAGGCGGCACCUGCGCUUGGAGACCGGGACGAAGAGGACCCUCUGCAGGGGGAUGA